AUGGACGCCUACGUGACCAAGUACAACCUGCCGAGCGGUUGCUGCAAAUGCAUCACAGCAAAUAACCAAGUGGACCGCUUCUACACGGAUCCAGAAAUCCAGGCGAAAUUUGACGAGCGCCUCGUCCACAUCCUGCAGCAUUGGAAUCCUCACUUCAAGAAGCCAUGGGGCCACCUCCACGAGGUCGUUGCUUCCUUUUCGCCGGAAAACGAAGCUCAGGGCCACCUCUGGUCAGUGGACAAAGGCUGGUGGUGCCGUCGCGCGCAAGCCAUGAAGGCACUUCCCUUUGCGGCCAACAUGCAUCCGAGCAUCCCGGUCUCAACAGGAGGCUCCAUCGAUCUCGCAGAUGCUCUGUAUCAGCAACUGUACGUUUGCCCCGCGAUCGAUGUUGUGGACAUACACACUUACAGUACCGAUGCCUGUGAUAUCAACAAGAUCGCGCGGAUUUCUGCCACCUGGGCCUUGGGUCAAGGCAAGAGAGUGAGGCUUCAGGAGUUUGGGUACAAAGGUCCGGAUUCGCAGAAGACCAACAAGUUGAUCCCUAUAAUCAGUGCAGCAAACGAGCUGGCUGUUCCUUUUAUGCCCUGGGAGCUCCUGCGCCCGGAGAACGGCAAGGACUACGAGUUCUGGGUAGAGGGUGACCUCUGGCAUCAGCUAGCCUUGCAGAGCGAAGUUGCUCAGAAAAAGGUGUCAGCCUUUUCUUGGCCAGAGCUGCCAAGCAGCCAGCCACCUCAGCUCUUGGCCAACUGGCUGCUCUGCCUGGUGCCUGUGAGUUGUCGUGAGGUGCCUGUGCAAGCGGCUGCUGCGCUUCGGGUACCUGUGUAG